CAACAAACCCAGAAGCGCGUGUUGAAAAUCAACGUCGUCCGCGACAAAUACUACGUCCCACGUGCUCGCAAAAACGCGUUUCGACUCCUCCAAGAAGAGGGCUUCUCAGUUGAGCAGAUGGAGAAGUUGCGCAUGUUCGUUCCAUCGUUUGAAGAAGUGAAGCAAAAGGUGAAAGGCUUCCCAGUCGGAACAAAGAUCUGGGAUCGCGAUACGGGAGAAAUCGGUGUGAUUACAAGUGUUGACAGUGGGGGCAUGCUGGAGCACGAAGCAAUGGCCGAAGUGCGAUUCACAUCACCGACAGAAGCUGGAACGACUACUAGUCUUAAGGCUCUCUUGUUUUUGAAUGAACUCACUUACUUAGAUCUUCUAUCUUUGUUUUACUUGUCAGAGGACAUUAUUUGCCUUUAUUACGUUCCUCUUGAAAUUUAUUAAUGUAGAUAUGGACUUCAAGAACUUCUAAUACUCGUCGCGCCACCGUUGGCCAACUCGAACUACAAAAUCCUCUGUGGUUUACCCAACGCGGUAUGCGUCCAAGGUACGAGGUCACCUACGACAACAUGGACUUAGUGCGCACGACCUUCGAGAUCAAUGUGGUCGAUGUGGAUGAGGAAAUGGUCGAAAGCACUUUGUUAAGGCUUUCGUUAUUACUUUAAUUUCAUCAUCGCCUUCAUGUUAUUUUUAUGAGGCAUCUUGGACCACAUGCUAGUUAUAGUUUGUUUUCACUGGGAAAAGUGCACCACGACUACCAGAAUGCUCUUCUUGAACUUGGAUUACCAUUCUUGCGCGCUCUAACUUUGUCCGGCGGCCAAUCCGUUCGACGUCGCGGCAGUUGGGACGGAUCUGGUGGAGUAGGCACACCAAGAGCUUCAAGUUCAAGUGCAGGAGCUGCUUCCGCAAGUAGAACUGCGUCUACAAGAGGUGGAAGUGGAUCUAGUACUGCAGGAACAGCUUCUAAUACUGAUCCACUAGAAGACUCCUCUUUGACAGCUCGCUUAGCGAAGAUCGGUCAAGAGUACUACCAGGAGGUGCAACAAUGCGAGAAAAUCCAAGGUCGCAUUCCAGUUGGCGCUGUUGGCUUUGUGCGUGCGGUCACACGCAAUGUUGGAGGGGAUCAAACUUUUUCUGUCGAAUUCCGCAGUCCCUUGUUGGAUUUCACGUAUGCGACAAGUCCUACUGCAGGCGCAAGAGGACGAGGAACUGAAGAAGAAACAGAUCAAGAGCAAGAAAAACUUUCUUUCGGCAUUGCUCGUCAACUGAAACUUUUCAACGAGUAUGGGACAUUUACGUUGCGUUCGGUCACGCGCAGUCGCUUCCGCAUGCGAUGGAAUGAUCCAGUUUGGAAAAAGUUGACCAAUUUCGAAAAGAUCUAUGGUCCAAACACCCAAGUCUCGACUUACAACGGCACAAAUUCGAACUCGACUACUGUGCCGAUGGUGGAUUCAGCUACUUCGUCUCAACAAGACCAAGGGGGGAGUGAGACGGAACUAGAUCCACCAGCCGUCCGCAGCAAACAAGGUCCGAUGGAUUGGCGU